AUGUCCUCGUCGCGCCCCAACUCCAAAUACUACGGCCAUGAGCGCGUCCCCAGCUCCUCUCGUUCCCGCGUGACCUCGAACUCGAACCCGACCCGCGACCAAGCAUCGCAUUCCAACUCGCACUCCCAUUCGCGCUCGCAGUCCACAGGCAAGCCUGCCGAUCGCCGCAUUGAGCGCAACAACGUCCUCACUCGCGAAUCCAUUACCGUGAAGCGCGCCCCGGGGAAGAACACCGAGAGCCGCUCCCAGUCUCGGAAGAGUAGGGAUGAUGUCCGCCAGGGCAAGCCGAGCGCUGCUAGCACCCCAACUUCCGCCGAACCUAAGAAGGAAGAGCGAGAACCCUGGAGGCCACAGGCAUCGCUUAUCCCACACACUACCGCUCCGCUCGCGUCGCGCAUAUCCACUCCCCAAGCCGCCUCAUUAGCCCCCGUUGACCUGCAACCACAGCCACUGUCCGAGCUUCCCGUCGACGAACAAGAAUCUGCCUUGAUAGACGACCUGAUGUUCGUCUUCAUGGGCUUUGAGGGGCAGUACAUCCGAUACGUCGCUACAUACAAUCCUUCCGAGGAGAAGAGCCGCCUCGUGGGCCCUUCGUUCAGAAUAGCCCCCGGCCUCGAUCCUAGCUUGCGCGAUCUGACAACGUCAAUGCUGAAAAUGGCAACACACUAUUCGGCCCUUGAGGCUUUCGUCGAGGUCCAGAGCAGGGACGAGUACGGCUCGGUCAACCAUGCGCUGUGUGCAGUCGUCCGGAAGCUGCUGAGGGAUUAUCUGGUGCUCAUGGCUCAGUUGGAGCACCAGAUGCUCACCAGCCCGACUUUCACUCUCCAUAUCCUAAAUCUACACACCAAACCAACCAGCCAUAUGAUGUUCCAGUUAUACACGGUGGGCAUUGAGGUUUUGAAAGCGAAUGCUCUCCUCGACGACGAGAACGACGACGAUCUCGAUGAGACGGAGAAUCUAGAAGAUAUCCUCGAAUCUCUUCGGGAGGGAGGAAACAUUGCGCAGGGAUCAAUAGGAAGCAAGAAGGUUUGCAAGGGUGGAAGCGUGCUGGGCUUAAUAUCAAAACGCUUGGCCUCAAUGUCCGGAGACCCUGCCGCAAGAGCACUGCUCACAGCAUUACUACGCGAAGCAAGUCGCCCGUACAUGACAAUGCUCAACGAAUGGCUACACCAUGGAUCAAUCAAGGACCCCCACGCCGAGUUCCUCAUCAAAGAACAAAAAAGCAUCAAGCGCGAAAGGCUUGAUCAGGACUACACGGAUGAGUACUGGGAGAAGCGCUACACGAUCCGGGAAAGCCUUGUUCCCCCACAGCUGGAAGGUGUAAAGGACAAGGUCCUGCUCGCAGGCAAAUAUCUGAAUGUGGUGCGGGAGUGCGGUGGUGUCGAUGUUAGCAAAAGGGUGCAAGAUGUACCGAUAACCUUCGAUGACCCGCGCUUCCUUGAGAACGUUAACAGCGCCUACGCCUACGCAAAUUCAUCUCUGCUCCACCUGCUCCUCACAACGCACGCACUGCCAGCCCGCCUUCGCUCUCUCAAACACUACUUCUUCCUCGACCGAUCCGACUUUUUCUCUUACUUCCUCGAACUUGGCACUUCAGAACUCAAGAAACCAGCCAAAAUCGUCAACAUUGGCAAACUCCAAUCGCUGUUGGAUAUCGUCCUGCGCCAGCCUGGUAGUGUAGCAGCGGAGGAUCCCUACAAGGAGGAUGUCAAAGUCCAAAUGAACGAGAUUGGCUUGACAAACUGGCUGAUGAAGAUCGUUACGGUGACUGGGUUGGACCAAGAUGCCGCAACGGGCAGCUUCUCAAACUACGUCCCCACAGCGCAAAGCACAACCAUAACUGAUGACAAAGACAUUACUGGUUUCGACGCGUUGGUCCUCGACUACGCCAUGCCGUUUCCCCUGUCCCUUGUCGUUAGCCGCGUCACCCUGACGCGAUAUCAACUUCUCUUCCGCUACCUCCUGUCACUGCGCCACCUUGAGACGUUACUUGUCGGCAGUUGGUCAGAGCACACCAAGGUGCGUAGCUGGAAGCACCGGUCAUCGAAUCCAAAGAUCGAGAUGUGGAAGCGUAAGGCAUUCACGUUGCGCGCGCGCAUGCUGGUCUUUGUCCAACAGCUACUGUACUACAGCACAGCCGAAGUCAUUGAGCCAAACUGGUCAAGCAUGAUGUCGCGGCUCAACGCCGUCAGCAAGGGCGAUGCAGCAGAAAACGCAGAAGUCGUCCAAUCGACAGAAUCAAUAGAUCCCACAGCGACAGCAGCAGUAGCAGAUGGGAGCGGUGACCCACUUGGCGGACCGCAGGUUAAACGGACAGUAGACGAGCUGAUGCAGGACCAUGUUGACUUCUUGGCUACAUGCUUGAAGGAGUGCAUGCUCACCAAUGCAAAGCUCCUGAAGAUCAACUCCAAAAUCCUCAACACCUGCACCAUGUUCGCCAACUACACGUCCUCGCUCUCGCGCUAUCUCAUCUCGGCCGACGCCGACCUCGCGACGGCCGGCUCAAACAACCCGUCCGCCUCGACGGGCAGCACCGGCGACAAGGGAUCGUCGGCUCGCUCCUCCACCUUCGACCCGAGCAAGCUCGGCAAGAUGAUCGAUCUGCUGCAGAAGUACGAGGACAACUUCACCAAGCAUCUGCGCAUCCUACUGGACACGCUCAACUACUACGCCGCGACGGAGACGGUGGUUUUCUUGAGCUUGUGCGCGAGGUUGAGCGCGGCGAGCGAGGGGUUGGGGUUGGGGGUUAAUGCCAAGGGGGAGACGGUUUACUGA